UUGGGAAAUGUGUUCUUUUGCCGAACAUGGAAAUGUGCCAGCUUGGAAUCGCCCCUACUUUCCAUUCAUCCUCAAAACGAGGCUGACGGCAGAAAUCAUAAGGUGGCAGAGGCAGCAUCCUGUUCCAAUUCAAUGAAUUAACACUUCUCUUGCGGCUCUUGCUCUGCAGCUUGUAAGGUUCCUUUGUCAACAGACCCACGUCACUCGUCAACACACCUAAGCUCCUAUCCGAGGCGUACCUUAAACAACCCACUUCCGCUGCUGAGAGAGAAGCAUCAUCAUGCAUCACCCCACCCUUUGUGUCGUGGCAUCUGCCUUGCUCGCUGCACUCCCGGGAGCUCAGGCAGGCCUGUACACCAGAAAAUCGCCCGUCUUGCAGGUGGAUGCGAAGGACUACGAUAGACUGAUUGCUAAGAGCAACUACACUUCUAUCGUCGAGUUCUACGCCCCUUGGUGCGGUCACUGCCAGAACCUCAAGCCCGCCUACGAGAAGGCAGCGAAGAAUCUCGAGGGCUUGGCCAAAGUAGCUGCCGUGAACUGCGACGAUGACGCCAACAAGUCCUUCUGCGGCUCCAUGGGUGUUCAGGGCUUCCCAACGCUGAAGAUCGUCCGGCCGAAAAAAGGGGGAGGCAAACCGAUGGUCCAGGAUUACCAGGGCCCAAGGACCGCCAGCGCCAUUGUCGAAGCCGUGGUGCAGCAGAUCAACAAUUAUGUGGUCAAGGUCGAGGACAAGUCCCUUGACAACUUCCUGGCCGACAAGGAGAUGCCUAAGGCGAUUCUCUUCACAGAGAAGGGCGCCACCUCAGCACUGUUGAAGAGCAUCGCUAUCGAUUUCUCGGGUGUCAUCACCAUUGGCCAGGCAAGGAACAAAGAGACUAAGGCGGUCGAGACUUUCGAUGUGAAGAAAUUCCCGACCCUCGUGCUCCUGCCAGGAGGUGAGGCUCCGGCGAUUGUCUAUGAUGGAGAAUUGAAGAAGGAUGCCAUUGUUCAAUUCCUUUCACAAGCCGGGCAACCCAACCCCGACUCGCCGGCGAAAGGCGACGGCAAGCAGAAGGAGAAGAAGAACUCUAAAUCAACCGAUAAGUCCUCCUCAGCCAAGGCGAAGCCCAAGACGACUUCUUCGAAGACAUCGUCCGCCACGACGGGGUCCAAGACCGAGACGACGGCGACGCAGGAAGCACCCGUCAUUGUGGAGACUGCGCUGCCGAUCCCAUCCAUCAACACCCCCGAGAAGCUGAUCAAGGAGUGCUUCACCGAGAAGUCCCACACCUGCGUGCUGGCUUUUGUCUCCUCCACCGAAAACGAGAAAGUCAGGAAGGCACUCGAAAGUCUCUCGCAACUUGCUUUCAAGCAUGCGCAGAGCAAGCGACAGCUGUUCCCCUUCUACGAGGUUCCCCUGAGCAACGAAGGAGCGGCGCCCAUUCUGAAAGCGCUUGACCUCACUGGUGAUGUUGAGAUCGUCGCUGUCAACAGCCGCCGCGGCUGGUGGAGGCACUACGACGGCGCUGAUUUUGGGCACGAGAGCGUAGAGAGCUGGAUCGACGCCAUCAGGCUGAGCGAAGGAGUGAAGAAGAAGCUUCCCGAGGGGAUUGUUGCCAUUGCGGUCGAGGAGCCUACGUCAGCUGCCGUGCCAGAGGCGUCGUCAGAACCCACUCCCAAUGCUACCGAGGCUGGCGAAAGCGAGGAGGCGACCCCAGUCACCCCUGAGGCGAGCGCCGAGACGGCGAGCGACUCCACAGAGUCCACAUCCACCCAGGCCACCGACCCUACUGCAGAGCCUGAGACGGCGCACGAUGAGCUCUGAUUCAGUUAUGCACUGCGUGUUACUCCUUGUUGCUGUAAACUGAUUCUGUCUGUUAGUCGGGCUAUCCAUGGUGGGGAGUCAAACUUAUGUACAAGCAUAUCGAAAAACACAAUGGUGUAGUGUAGGCUUGUAGGAGUGUGGCUGGCUUUCGAAGGUAAAAGAACGGGUAUUCUCACCGGAGCAUUUCGUCAGAGCAGGCGUGACUUGUAUCCCAGC